CACUGCUGGGAGCUGACUGGGAGGAGUGCGCGCCCGGCGCUGAGUGGAGGGUGUUGGAUAGUGCUGCGCUGGCUCUCACUUGAGACAGCUGGGUUAAACACGUGUGAGAGCUGAGCCAUUCAGGUCCCACUGGUGUGGUGUUGUGGGCUUUACUAACAGGAUUUUAACUGCUGAUUGUAUUUCAAUCGUCUUGAACCGUCAAAUGUGUUGCUGAGUUAUUUUUUGCCUUGUCUUUUUCUUGGAAGAUGACUUUUCGUUCUUAGGAGAAAAGUGGGAAAAAUAGUGAAAAGCGCCAUUUCAAGCUCAACAGUCAAAUGUGUUUUUGGCAUUUAUGGAAACAGUCAAAUGUGUAUGUUUGUCUAAAUAACCCUUCAAAAGUAACAGUUAAGUUCACGGCUAGUGGAGAUUGGGACUUUAGCUAACCAGAGUCGACCAGUAUGGAGCUGAGUGAGAGCACGUCAGUCGCGCCCGAUGCGCCGGCGGUGACCAACUCGAGUGUGCCGGACGUCGCCGAGCACCACUACCAUCCGGCGUUCGUGGUCACCAUGAGCGCGCUGAUGGCCACAUUCAUCGUGUGCAGCCUGGUGGGCAACACGCUGGUCAUCAUCACCAUCUGCCGACACCGGCAGAUGCGCACGCGCACCAACCUGUUCCUGAUGAACCUGGCGGUGGCGGACGUGAUGGUGGCGCUGCUGGACAUGCCGGUGGCGCUGGUCACGCUGAUCGCCGGCCGCUGGGUGUUCGGUGACGUCCUCUGCCAGAUGAACGCCUUCUUCGUCGGCCUCGGCACCAUGACGUCCGUCCACACGCUGAUGCACAUCAGCAUCCACAAGUACAUCAGCAUGACGCGGCCGUUCAGCCGCUUCAUGACGCGUCAGAAGAUCCUGGCUCUGAUGGCGGCUGCCUGGCUGUGGUGCAUCGGGUACAACCUCACCCCGCAGAUGGGGCUGACGCACACAGUGUACAAGCGCGGGACGACCCAGUGUGGUCCCGAGAUCCCCAGCACCGUCCAGCAGCGGAUCCACAGCGCCAUCAACAGUCUCGUCAACCUCUACCUGCCACUCGGCGUCAUGAUCUUCUGCUACUUCAGGAUCUUCCAGGAAAUACGAGCUCACCUCAGCAGGAUGCGCGAGAACUCGAACAUGGCGCAGCGGAGCAGCGUGCUGCAGCAGCAGCGGAUCGCCGUCACCCUGUGCCUGGUGCUGGCCUGCUUCCUGCUCUGCAUGGCGCCCUACAUGGUCUACUCAAACCUGCUGGCCGUGUCCCGCGGCGGCUCCAGCCGCGUGCCGCUCAUCCUCAACCCGAUCUCGUACUGGUUCCUGUAUCUUAGCUCAGUGCUCAACCCCAUCAUAUACGGAGCCAGGAGCUCGACGUUCCGGCAGAGCUACAGAGAGAUUCUCUGCGGAGCCAAGCGGUCCAAAAUCCUCACCGUCGGGAGCCUCCGCAGUGUGGGCAGCACCCGUCUCUACAGCCACCGUGUCAGCGCGCCGGCCACCUCUCCGUGUGAGUCGCCCGGCUCGCAGUCGACCCCGGCCCGCUGGCUGGAGGUGCCGCCCGUGCUGCACGGCCCCAAACCGGCGCAGCUCUCGCAGACCAGGGCUCUAGAGGCCGACCAAACGCCGCCAGAUACUGCGCAGAGUCCACCUGCGCCGCACACCCCACACAGAGUGACAGAAAAAGAACGGUAUUGAAGUUCACUAGCAGCUGUUUAAAUACACAAUGGCGGCGUCUCGCUGACGAAACAACA